AGGUUCACCUCAACAAGCGGCCUGUCUCCCGCACUAACACUGAUCGGUAGCGUAACGUUUGUUUACACUUUGCGUUGCAAUUCGGUGUAUAUUAUUUUAUGAAAAUUCUUUUCGGUUUUUGUGCUAGUUUGCCUGUUAUCGUCGACUUCAUUUAUAGUAUCGCGGUUUCCAGAUAAUUCAACGUGCGGUGGCUAAACUUUUUUUUACACUUAUACGUGAUGUUAAUCAAACGGACUAAUGUGACGAGAAAUGAAAAGGCAUUCGGAUGAACUCAUGGCGUCCGCGGACACAGUCGGAGCAUACGCCACAGCCACCAACCGUUCACCUCCUAGGUCCAGGCCUAACCUGGUAACCAUUUCUAAUGUUGUGCAGUCAAGUUUUGUAUCACAGUCCAUAAAUAAUCCAAAUAUUCAAUUUAAUACUGUACAGCCUUACAGUACUCCAACAAUGCCGGUUUUAGCAAUUAAUGAAAAAAUGUCAGGCUCUUUACCAGGUGGUUCAACCAUGCCUGCUUUGCACACCAUACAAGCACAGCAUUCAAUUCAACAUAUCAGGCAGAAAGUUGUACCAUCAACCAUUAUUCAACAACAGCAACAGCAACAAACUCAAUUUCAAAGGCUCAAGGUUGAAGAUGCCUUAUCUUAUUUGGAUCAGGUGAAAUUCAAAUUUAGUAAUCAGCCUCAAGUAUAUAAUGAUUUUUUAGAUAUCAUGAAAGAAUUUAAAUCACAGAGUAUUGAUACUCCUGGUGUUAUAACAAGAGUCUCUAACUUAUUCAAAGGUCAUCCAGAACUUAUAGUAGGUUUCAACACUUUCUUACCACCUGGUUACAAAAUAGAAAUCAAAAACAAUGAACUUGGUUUUCAUGUUUCUGUCUCAAUUCCGCAAAGUCCUGCUAUUUCAUCAUCUCAAACAAUCAUUCACUCAACUACUCAACAUAUAAUGUCUGGACCGCCACCAGCAGUCACAACUUCACCUGUUACUUUAACUACUACACCUCCUGUAGUAAUAAAACCAGCUGUUCAUUUACCAAUAAAUCAAGUGAAUACCACAUCUGUUGUUAUGAAUCACCAUCAUACAGUUCAUAAUAGUGUUACACCUACAGCUCCUUCAAGUACUUAUCAUCAACCUCAAAUACCUUUAUCUGUUGCAAGUUUAAGUCAAGUGGCGUCUGCUAUUCCUCAAGUAUCAAUACCUACAACUCAGGAAUCUACCAAUUCCCAAAACCAACCAGUAGAAUUUAAUCAUGCAAUAAAUUAUGUUAAUAAAAUAAAAAACAGAUUUCAGGGACAACCAGAAAAAUACAAAAGAUUUUUAGAAAUUUUACACACUUAUCAAAAAGAACAAAAGACACAUAAAGAUAAUAUUGUGCAAGUUGCAGGAAAAACUUUAACUGAAGCAGAAGUAUAUGCUCAGGUAGCAAAACUUUUUGAAAAUCAAGAAGAUUUAUUAGCUGAAUUUGGACAAUUUUUACCAGAUGCUACGUCUCAUCAUUCUUUUGGUGCUAAAUUAACAGAACCUAUAGUACCUCCUAAGAAGGCAGUUGUUGUGACUACUGCACCUCCUACUAGUAUUGUACCACCCAUUAAGAAGGAAAAUCCUACAAUAAUUCCUAUUGUUAAAGAAAAUAGAGAAACUAGUGUUCAGAAUGUAUCAUUGAAAAGAACUUCAUCCUUCUCUUCCACUCAAAAUUUACCUCCUCCUAAAAAACCAAAAUCCCCAUUUCCAAGCUUAGGAGAUGUGUCUUAUGUAGAAGCAUAUAAAUAUGGUACUCUUACAGAUUUUGCAUUUUUUGAUCUUGUACGAAAAUCUAUUAAUAACACUUCUGCUUAUGAUGACUUUUUAAGAUGUCUUGUAUUAUACUAUAAUGAAAUCAUAUCUAAGUCAGAAUUAUUAAAUUUAGUCCAACCUUUUCUUGGGAAGUAUUCAGAAUUAUUCAGAAGAUUUAAAGAAUUUAUUGGAAGUAGUGAAAAAAGCAGUAAUGCUACGACAGCACCUACAGAAAAUAAGUUAUCAGGUUUACCUCAUCUUUCUUUACUUGAUCAUGGAUCAAAUCGUCAAGAUCGAUCAGCGGGUGAUUUACCGACUGAUAUAGAUUAUAGUACUUGUAAAAGAUUAGGAGCAAGUUAUUGUGCUGUACCACCUGAUUAUCAACCUCCAAAAUGUAGUGGUAGAACUAAAAUGUGUUAUGAAGUAUUAAAUGAUACUUGGGUAUCUUUUCCUACUUGGUCUGAAGAAUCAUCAUUUGCUACUAGUCGGAAAACUCAGUAUGAAGAAUAUAUGCAUAGAUGUGAGGAUGAAAGAUUUGAACUAGAUCUUGUGAUGGAAAUCAACUUGGCUGCAAUUUAUUCUUUAGAAGAAAUAUUAAGAAAAUUUAGUAGGAUGACUCCAGAAGAAGCAAUGAAAUUGAAAUUAGAUGAUAGUUUGGGUAAUGAAUUAAGUUCAACUACAACUAAUAGACGAGCUAUUAAAAGACUGUAUGGUGAUAAAACAGCAGAUAUUCUAGAAGGUUUGAAGAAAAAUCCAAUGACUGCAAUUCCUAUAGUUUUGAAAAGGCUCAAAUCAAAAGAUGAGGAAUGGAAAGAAGCUCGAAAUACAUUUAAUGAUAUAUGGAAAAGUCAAAAUGAAAAAUACUACCUUAAAUCUUUAGAUCAUCAAGGUGUUAACUUUAAACAGAGUGACAUGAAGUUUUUGAGAUCAAAAUCGUUAUUAAAUGAAAUUGAAACUCUAUAUGAUGAAAGAAAUGAGCAAAAUGAAAAUUCUACAGGACCACACAUGAUAUUUUCUUAUACUGACAAAACUAUUCUUGAUGAUGUAGCAAAUUUAUUGAUACAUCAUGUUAAAAGACAAGCUAGCAUAAAUAAGGAAGAUAAACAAAAAAUAAAAACUUUGAUUAGGCGAUUUAUUCCAGAUAUGUUUUAUCAUCCUAGACAAGAGUUGAGUGAUGAUGAAUGUGAUGGUCAAAAUGAUUGUUCUAAUAAUAAUUCUCCUGAAAACUCUAAAGUAUCAUUACGUGUGUCCGAAGAAAAGGAUCAAUCUGAAGUAAAAAUUACAGAGAGUGAUAAAUCAAAAUUAUCUGAGCAUUCUAGCACAGAUGAAUGUUACACUUUAUUUUUUGGUAAUAAUAAUUGGUACUUGUUCCUUAGACUUCAUUAUAUCCUAUGUGAUAGAUUAUCUCAAAUGUAUAAAAAAUCAACUCAGUUGGUACAUGAGGAAUGUGUUUACAAAGCAACUAGGUCAGAAUCUGCAGCAGCCAAAUUGCGUCUUAAUCCUAAAUCAGAAAUUGAAAUUGAAGAUUACUAUCCAGCUUUACUUGAUAUGAUUAAAAAUGUUUUGGAUGGAAAUAUGGAUUCAAAUACUUAUGAAGAUACAUUACGAGAAAUGUUUGGUAUUCAUGCUUAUGUUGGCUUUACUCUUGAUAAAGUUGUUAUUUAUGCUGUACGUCAAUUACAACAUUUAGUGUCUGAUGAAUAUUGUCAAGAUUGCUAUCAAAUAUUUUUAAAAGAAAGUAAAAAAGGAGCAACUGGAGGCUUAUGUAGUACAGCCCCUCAAAGAAUUGCUCAAGAAUCAGCAUAUCAAAGAAGAGCAGAAGCAGCUUUAAGUUCUGAUAACAAUUGUUAUAAAAUUUAUAUAUAUAAAUAUAACUGUAAAAUUACAUUUGAGCUUCUAGAUACAGAUACAGAUGAUAAUCAAGACAGUGGUAAAUGGACAAGUUUUGAUAAUGAACCAUUGUCAGAAACUAAUGACGAAAAACAAGAAGAAAACCAAAGUCCUAAAAACUAAUGCUUAGUUUUGAAAUUUUAAUUUAACUAAGAUAACAUUAAGAUAUACUUUUAUUUAUUGAAUUUUUUUUGUACAAAAAUGUUUCUACUAAAAUAUGAAGCCUAAUUUUAUUCUUCUCUGUAUUGGUUCCAAAAUUUCGGAUGCACAACUACUUUAAAAGAUUAUUUUUAGUGUAUAUGUAUAUAUUCACAUCUAUAUAUUUCUCAAUCGACAUUUGAUAUGAAACUAUUUGUUAGAUAUCCAAAUAUUUUUUCAUAAAAAAACUAUGAAAUUGUUGAGUUUGGGAUGAUUUAUUGGAUUAAAUAUUUCAAAAUUAGUUAAGUUGACCAACUUUAUUGGUAUCAAUGAUUAAAUGUUACUACACCAAUACAUAUUGAAGUACACUCAAAUUUAUGCAUUAAAAUUUGUAUUUCGUUAAGAUAUUUUUAUGUAUAGUAGUAUUGUAUGUAUGUAUAUUUUCUAUUUUAAUUUUUUUAGAUAAUAG